ACGAGAUGCGCUCCGCGGGCGGCGCCCACUGACCUCGCUCGGCGGCCGGGCCGGGCAGGGCCGGAGCCGUGAGCCAGCCCCGCCCGCCGCUCGCCGCCCCGCCCAUGGGCCGCCGGCCCUCGCUGCCGCCCGCCCGGAGGACCGCGCCGAGGUGGGAGCCGCCUGAAGGACCGCGACGGCCGCGCCCGCAGGUGCGUUUCCCACCCCGGGGACCUUAGAGACCUUCCCUGGUAAGUUGCAGUGCCUGCCGACCCGCCAGCCCGGCACGUCACCUGGACGCCAGCAUGGCCGCCGCAAGCCUGGAGAACCAGCUGCAGAGCGCGCAGAAGAACCUGCUGUUCCUGCAGCGGGAGCACGCCAACACGCUCAGGGGCCUGCACGCCGAGGUCCGCCGGCUGCAGCAGCACUGCACAGAUUUAACAUACGAGCUGACACUCAAAAGUUCGGAACAGACAGGAGACACACCUUCCAGGAGCAGCGAGCUGCAGAAAAGGUGCGAAGAGCUGGAAGCCCAGCUGAAGGCCCAGGAGAAGGAAAACGCCGAGCUGCGGAGCGCACUGGAGCAGAAGAACGCCACGAUCGCGGUGCUGGAGAGCACCGUCAAGGAGCGGGAGAAGCGCUACCUGGAGGAGCUCAAGGCGAAGAGCCACAAGCUGAACAUGCUGUCCAGCGAGCUGGAGCAGCGCGCCAGCACCAUCGCCUACCUGACCUCCCAGCUGCACGCCACCAAGAGGAAGCUGCUCAGCUCCAGCGGGACCUCGGACGGCAGCCCGUCCGGGAGCCCCGGGGCCGGCUACAAGCCAGCCCCGCCCAGGGACAAGCUGCCCGAAACGCCCCGCCGCCGGAUGAAGAAGAGCCUCUCCGCCCCGCUGCACCCGGAGUUUGACGAGGUCUACAGGCUGGGCGCCGAGAGCCGGAAACUACUCCUGCGGGAGCCGGUGGAUGCCAUGCCGGACCCCACCCCGUUCCUGCUGGCCAGGGAGGCGGCCGAGACACACCUCAUCAGGGAGAGGCCCCUGGUCAUCCCCCCCAUCGCCUCCGACCGCAGCCCCGCCCGCGAGCAGCAGCACAAGGGCCACGUGGGCGUGGCCCACCGCAUCCCCCACGGUGCCUCCCCGCAGGCCCCGCCCGAGGUGGAGACGCUGGCGGUUGACCAGGUGAACGGGGGCAAAGUCGCCAGGAAGCACUCAGGGACGGACAGAACUGUGUGAGGCCUGCCGGGCGCCCCUCCCCCUCGGCCGUCCGUGCACUGUGAUCACCACUAGGAAACACUCGUCCAUCCACAUUUUUUUUUUUUAAUUGUCAUGCAUGCCAAGUUGUUUUCAGACCUGUCAACAGAGUACUCCCCUCCCACUCUACUCGCUGUCUUACGACACCAAAAUGUGAUCGUGCCCCUGCUGCUGCAGACACCUGUUCACCAACCGCUGCGGCCCAACAGCUGUGCGCCCGCUGGCUGGCUUCUCACCCCGCUCUGCGCGUCCUAGUGCGUUCGGUCAGAGCACGGGCCGCAGGCUGCACGCCACUCGACAUUACUGAGCUCAGAUAGCCACACACCUAAUCAAGUCAGAGCCACACGCCUAAUCAAGCUGGAGCCACACGUAUUCCCAGGGCAGCCUGCUGGGGGCGGCCUUGCUCCCUCCUGAGCCCCCAUAACCUCCUACAGACCUUCCCCAGGGCGACACCGUGACCAAGCGGCUGUACGUGUAUGUCACAGGCACUAAAUAAGAUGACGUUACUCCUCGUAUCACCACAACCUGAAUGUGUGCUCAUAUUUUUUGUUAGUUUUAUCCAAAAUGUUCAAGAUCCCAACAAACUUUAUUUUCUAA